CAGGCACCGCGGAGCUUUGAGCAGUUGGGGUUUUAAAGAAGUGGGGGCAAAACCCUUUAAAAAGAGGCUUUCCUGGUAGUUUAUUACUUAAUAUUUGCCCCCUGCCCCCUGCCCCCUGCUCCGCGGUGCCUGUUGAGUUGGGUUUUCCAAGAUUAGCUUUGUUUUGUAAACACAGUUCCUUGUUUUUAAAUCAGAAAACAUUUAUGUCCUUUGGAUUUAAAUUUCCUUAUGCAAUCAUGGUUUGACCAUCGCUAAACCAUGGCUCAACCAACAAGCAACUGCCAUUUUUGAGCGCGCUUUUUCAAACACAAGAUGGCCGUUUGGAUUGCAGUUCGAUCAUCUAUCAAUGAGUUUAUACCAUUGCGAUUUAUGUAUGCAUCAAAAACAAGAUAAUUUUUAAAGGUUUGUUCAGUCGGGAAAUUUGUUGAUUAUGUCGAAAGUUUCAUCGUAAAGAACUGCUAGGAACAUAAGCGUAUUUAAUAUGGUAGGCCCGACAAAUUUAAGAGGACUUGGACCCAAAAUAUUAUUUACCAAAGUACGCUAGGUACUGACAUUCAUAGGUGUCUACGGAUACUUUAUCAAAACCAAAAACAAAAGAAAUACGAAUCACUUGUUAAUUUCAACAUAUGACUGAAAGGAUGAUAAAUACAAGCUUGUUGCAGGGCCUAAGUCUUGUUUUUUGAGGGGGCUUUGAUUUAUGUAGUUUGUGCGUUAUGAAUUUCUGCAGGUCACCUCAUUCGUUAUUACGUGCAAAUCAAAGUUCUCAGUACAGAAAAUUGCUUAUUUUGUAAAUUCAGUUUGCACCUGCAAUUUUUAUGCUAUUUGAGUAAAAAUUUAAAAGAAUUACAUGGACGGGGAUUGACCUCUUUUCGGACGGAAAGUAUUGUUGCACGUUUUUUGUGUGGAACGUUUUAUAUAGUAGUCUUCAAAAAUGAGACCAGUUCAGUGUGUAUGAGGCUUGAUGAGAAGCAAAACAGAAAGAAAUUGGAGAGUUCAAAAUCGGUUCUAAAUCCAAUCUGAGAUCAGAUGCUAACAUGCAGUUGUUACACGUCGUAUUGCUAAUAGCAACAGUUUUCAUUGCACUUGAGAUCAUUUUACAAAAUUCAAAGAAAAUGCAGAUGAAAAGUCAACCGAUCUUUAGAGGAAUUUUUCCGUCAAGAAACCCUUGGAAUGGCGUCCCUGAGUUUGUGCUAUACUUGAGAUUAACCUCUAGUCCGCGUUGGGAGCAAGAAUAUAGAAAUAAUUUGGUUCGCACUAUGAAGCUUUUCUUUCCACCUGAACGAGCGAAACUUGUAGUUGUAUUGGACAACGAAAAGAAAGAAGACCAUUUGUUUGGAGACAAAAUAAAAACGGAAUGGCCAUAUCCACAAAUAUGCUACAGAGAUCCAAGUUCCAUUGAUGCAUACCGCGGAUGGGGCAAGGCCAGAAUGUUUUGGGACAUGAUGUAUCCCGAUAAAUGUACCAAUGUAUCUUAUGUGGGGUAUGUCGAUACUGAUACAUUUUUUAGCACCUUAGUAACACCACAGUUGCUAUUUGACAAUGGAAAACCAAUUAUUAUUGCAAAAAUUGGCCAGGUUCCGUACCAAUGUUGGGCUGAAACAACAGAGUUGUUUCUCGGCAAAAAAGAAGUUAUGCAAUGCAUGUCAACUUUCCCUGUUAUGAUAAAAACGGAGCAUAUGAUAGAAAUGAGAGAGGUGCUUGCAAGAAAUCAUAGCAUGGAUUUUGAUUCAGUUUUUAAAAACACUCCACGUCAAAUGCAUUGUCUUUGUCAGUUUAGUAUCAUGUGCAAUUAUGUUUGGUACUAUCACAGAAAUGAGUACUCAUGGCGCUUGCAGAUGGUCCCAAAUGGUGACUGGAGAGGAGAACAUUUGCUUGCUAGUCAAGUGUCACUAGAUUAUUAUCGGACUAACGUACCCCCAGAGAUGACGAUACCGAUGCCGCGCUCAUCAAUUCACCUGAGGUACACAAUAACAAAUGGUCAGUCCUAUCUGUCAGAAGUCCCUCCAAAGGAAUAUAUCGAAGAUUUUAUUAAAGAAGGACUUUGUUACUCAGCUGGAUUUGAUGUCUGUCCGGAAAGUUGCAAAAAAUGGAACCAGGCAAAGAUACAUUACAAUCUUUAUUCGUUUGAAUUCUAUCAAUGGUUUUGGGACAAAAGGUGCAUGGAAGAGCAAGAAAAGCAUUACAGAAACGUCAAAGAGCUAGUUCGCUACUAUGUUUUUUCAAAGAUGGAAGUUUUUGGACUUUCUUCUCUAGAUCAACUAUGUACCAUAUUAUGAAAAUAUUUAUUUAUUUUCCAUUUUAUGGCAACAAAUUUUGCGUUUCUUCUUCUUAGUCGCUGUUGAGAUCUCUUAAGUUUGCUAUAAAUUUAUCAUAGAUGAAAUGUGCAGUAGCUGAGUAUUUUGCAAUGAUUCAGCACAACGAAAUUAUAGAAACUGUAGCGGGGUUCAUUUUAACGUGCAGUGGUAGCCAAUUUGGGCAUUGAUAAAUCGUAAAUGUACAUUGAUACACAAUCGUAAAUUUUUUGCAGUGAAAAACCAAAAACAAAAGACAUUUAGUAGUAUUUAGUUAUUAAAAGGUAAAAUUGCAGCAACUACCAGUAAAGAACACAUAAAGAUUAUAAUAGGGCAUCACAAUAAUAAAAAGGAGAACAUAACAGUAACAAUGAUCUAUGGAAUCUCUCUAAAUUUUAUCGAAUUCAGUAUCUAGAAGCUAUCUAGUUUGUUUUUUUUUCAUCUUCUUCUUUGUGAUGUUUGUUUUCGAUAAUUCUUUUCAAUCUAGGCCACUUUUCCUCGUUGAAAUCUCUUGUGAAGCUAGGUUGAAAGGCGGUGUAGUUCGAGAACUUUUCAUAAAGUUGGCUCGAUAGAUGCGGUCAUAAAAAUUUUCAAAGACAACACCAAACUUUUCAAAAAUUUUGAAAGUGUGCAAGGAUAAAUAUUCCUUAAAAUUCCUUAAAACUUCUUUCCAAAUAGAUUUAUAAUAUAAUUUCAAUUUGUCGGAAAAGCAAGUAGAUUCUAGCUCAACCUUGGAAGCAAAAUUAUGAAGUAUAUUAUUGUAGAAAAUCAAAUUUUCAUGUGUGACAACCAUUGCGAAUUUUUGGUUAUAUGAAAUCACAAAAAACCAAACUCAACUAUAUGGAAUUUUACGAAAGAAAAUGGUAUUUGUGGAGUGACAUUUACUAGCAAUGUCAUAUAUAUUGUUUAUCAAACUUUAUUAUCGUCUGACUUUUCGAAGUAUGCCAGUUAGAAGGACAAAACUGGUCACCAAACAACUUUUGAGUGGUGGUAUAGAUCUUCGUACAAUCCCUGACAUUAAACUCCACAGGACAUUCUGAAGUUGACGUAGGUGAAGCUGGGUUUGAUAUUUCUUCUUUGCUUUCAUCUGGCUUUGUUGAGGGAAAAAAUGUUGCUAUUAUGGCCGUGUAUUGGAAUGAGUAGCUUCGAUUGUUCGUUUCUUAACUGCUCUUUUGAAAGCUCCAGAAUUAUAUUUUCGUCUUGAAGACAUUUUAGCCAAAUGAUUUAUAAAAGAUUGUGAAGUUUGAAACAGCCGUUAUACACUGGUGGAACUCACGCAGUAAACUUUAAUAUUUUUUUAGACGGAAACUGCUGGUCUUUGAUUUCUCUAGUAUUAUUUGAUAAUCUUGCCAGGUCAAGAAGAUUUGAGGGAUUGUAGGCAGGGACGCUGGAGACAAAGGCUCAGAGAUCAAUCACCCCUGUUGUUUUUUGGAUAGAUAGAGCAAGGAGGACAAUGUGCCCUCUUCAUAGAAAACAGACGUCAGCUGUUUGCUGUUAUCAAAAGAUUCAUAUCAAAUUCUGAAUGUACUUUCUUAGUCAAGCCAACAUUUCUCAAAACAUGUAAAGAAAUUUCUUAUGCCAAAAGCUAGCCGAUUUUCAACUUACUUACGGCAUAUCGAAACAAAACGACAGUUACGAAAGAAUUGUUAGUAGCUUGGAAUUAUGUUUCAAAUUGCCCUUUUAAUCAAGCCUGCCUCUUUGCCUCUUGGUCGUUCCAGCGUCCCUGAUUGUGGGAUGUACACGGAAGAGGCAUGUGUGAUUCAAACUGAAUCGCAACGUAUAUACUCAAAGUGUGUAAUAAAAGAAUAAUGGCGAAACUUGAUUCCAUGACGCUCAACACGAGGAAACAAUUUAACUAUAAAUUUGAGAUUCAAUUGUACGUAGAAAAAAUGAACAGAUGUAAGUUAGCAUAAUAAUAGGGCCUCGAGAUCCAGGG